UGCCAUGAAUUCGCAUUCUGUUGGGGGGCGCGGUUAUUAUUGUGAUGCGCCACCCUGGUGGGCGGAGUCGAACGGAGAAAGGAGGAAGGCGAUGAACGCAGCCGUAGCUAUCGGUUGGUUUCUGCUCUGGGGCGGUGGCAGUCCUGUUUAGGUGGACACUUCUUGACCAUCACUGUUGGAUCAGCAGAGGAUACCCAUGGAUCUGAUGCCUAACGGAGCAUGAGCCCUCCUUGGUGGAUCAAUGUGUGCCAGAGAGGGGGAAAGAGCCCUGCGUGGAAUGAGUUCUCAACAUGACCUUGCCAUCCAUCCACACCAUGUCCAGGGCAGCCCUGCUCUUCCUUCUCCUCCUGCUGGUAACUGGCUGGACUUGGGGAAUAAUGGUUGAUGUUCCAUAUCUUAGUGUAGGGGAUGGAGCUGCUUUGGAAUUCGACUUCCCUGAACACAGCCAUGGCAUCUUGUUGGUGUCCAGCCGCUAUCCAGGGCCAGAUGCAUGGCUGAGUGUGGACUCUCUGGAACCCGUGGUCCUAGCCAUUGAGAACGUCAGUGCCUCCUGGAGAGGGGGCUUUGUGGUCAGGAUUCAGUCUGGCCUGGCUGGUGUGGCCCCGCUGCAGCUACGGCUGUUGGAGCACAGCCGCCUCAUUGAGGAACGGACUGACUUCCAGAUCCAUGUUUGUGCAAAUGACGCAGAGCCAGCAGUCCGGUCAGGCCUAGGCCACUUCUCGGAGAACCCAAUCCUCUAUGCUCUUCUGCCUCUCAUCUUCCUCAACAAGUGUGCAUUUGGCUGCAAGGUAGAGGUAGAGGCUCUCCGAGGCCUGGUGCACCAGCCCCAUCCUGUCCUGCUAGGCAUACUGGGCCAGUUCGUGGUCAUGCCCCUCUAUGGCUACCUCAUGUCCGUGGCCUUUUCUUUGCCUAAGCCGCUGGCCCUGGGAUUGAUCAUUUCUUGCUCCUCCCCUGGUGGAGGUGGUGGCUACCUGUACAGCCUGUUGCUGGGUGGCGAUGUCACGCUAGCCAUCUCUAUGACCCUUCUGUCCACAGUUGCUGCCACGGGGCUGAUGCCCCUCUCCUCGGCAUUCUAUGGCCGACUUCUCGGUGCCCAUGAGACGCUUCACGUGCCCUUCCUCAAGAUCCUCGUCACCCUCCUCUUCAUCGCCGUGCCAAUCUCGACUGGCAUGUUGGUUAAGUGCAAACUGCCCCGCCUUUCCCGUCUACUCCUGCUUCUGAUCAAACCCUUCAGCUUCACCCUCAUUGUUGGGGGGCUCUUCAUGGCUUACCUGAUGGGGGCCUUCAUCCUGGCGAAUGUGCAGCUCCCUACCGUGCUGGCGGGGGUUACUGUGCCCAUCUUUGGCCUGCUUUUGGGCUACUUGCUGGCUUGGUGCUUGGGACUGCCUGGACCGCAGCGUCGGACGGUGAGCAUCGAGGUCGGCGUGCAAAACAGCCUGCUGGCCUUGGCUGUGCUGCAGCUCUCCUUCCAGCGGGCCCAGGCCGACUUUGCCUCACAGGCUCCUUUCAUUAUGGCUCUGAGUAGCACUUCAGAGAUGUUGUUGCUGCUUGUGGGGCAUUUAACGUACAAGAAACUCUGCUCUCCUGACUCCUGAGUGCCCUUGGUAAAGCGAGGCAGAUACCAAAGAUGUCAAGCUUCAGACUUGGCCUUCGGGGAGAGAAAUGGAGACCAAAGGCCUUAGGAGGUGGGCUUGGGGCAACCGCUCCAGAGGGGUGUGGGUACCAAGGCCUUAGCCUCUUGACCCCUUUGCAGGGUGACUUGGAUACCAAAGGGGCCCUUUUGAAGUGAAGCAUCCCAAAGGCUGUUGUCUUGGGAAUCUACAUCAUCUGGCCUUUCUUUUUUCAUUUUUAAUUCACUUUUUUCCCCUCUAUGCAGCAAAAAUUGCCUCUGGAGCUUAGAGCAAGAGCUUGUACAGACUGGAAGCGGGAGGUGGAGAAUAGUCCUAUUUCUCUUCUCCCUUUCACUGGGGAUACAGGGUUUGAAUAAAAAGAGAUAAUACAUCCUG